UUAUCUGAAGCAUGCUGUGGUUGAGUUAGAAUAUAGAUUAAUUGGAAGAUCUGAUUUAGGCGACUGUGAAGAUAAUAUUAAUAUUGAUGAGAGAAAUGAUGUUAAAUAUGAAAAUUUUGGAUUUCCAGGAUUUGACGAUUUGAUAAAAAUUGGAAACAAGGGAUUUAGACCGCAUUUAUCGUUAGGGCAAUUUCGUGGCGAGAAAUCAGCGCAAGAGGCUAUAGAAAAAUUUUCAUCAAUAUUUUCCCAAGACCCAAUAAUUGAAUUUGAUGUAACUGAGAUCUGCUGGAUUGUUCGUAAAGGAUUUCAUGAUCCUUUUGAGAUUAAAGCUAGGGUUAGACUUGGAGAUGAUAGCGAAGUUGUAAAAGAAUAA